AUGCCUCCUGCCAAGGUUCCCCGUCCGGUCAAGAUUCCCCGUCCGGCUAAGAUUCCCCGUCCGGCCAUGAAUUCCCGUGUGGCCAAGAAGGCAGACAGCACGGCUGCUCCAAGCGCAUCUCGGAUCAAGGCGUCCAAGGCCACAUCUUCGAAACCGAAGGCACGCGUCCCAACUAGAAAUCCCAAGACUCGUGGCCCGGCCGAGACCACAAUCGUCGUCGGCGGCCAGAAGAGGACCAUCGUCAUCGCUGAAGAAGACAGCGAUGACGACGGCUUAAUGAAACCCAGCAAACGACGCAGGACGGGCGGCAAUAACACCAACCCAUCCGAUUAUUAUGCCGUUCGUGAGAAGCCUCCACCGCGUGAUUAUGGAGCAACCUUCGCAAGGAAGUCGACGGCGCAUUUCACUUGGGGCGCUCCCUACAUCCCUCCUCCCCAGCCUCGACCCGUAGCUCAGCCUGGACCCAUAGCUAAGCCUCGACUCAUAGCUCAGCCAAGGAACAAGCCCGCGGUUUCUCACAACAAGGGCAAAGAGUCAGUCCAUUCGAGAAACUCGCAGGCAAAGACCAGGUACAGCCAUAGCGGCGUCUUGUCGAAGACGGUCAGCCCGGAGCCCGAGAGGGCCCUCUGCCCCUUUCUUCGAUUGCCCCUCGAGGUCAGGCAGGACAUCUACAAGCACAUAUUGGUAGCUCAAGAGCCGAUUCGAGUUCGGCAGGGCUGGUCCGCGGUCUAUCCUCGGAAGCGAGCGGCCAUCCGAACCGAUAUCCUACGAACGUGCCGCCAGGUGAGAAGGGAGGCGCUCAACACCCUCUAUGGCGAGAACACUUUCCAGUAUCUACUCCGCGAUGCCGCAGCACUCCCCGCACUAAACACGCAAGGCGAGAAUGAGAUUGUCGUCCAGCACCCGCUGGCUGACGAUGAUGCCCUCUCCGAUUACGAGGCAGACAGCGCAGACGAGUACGACGACGACGAUCCCCUCCCCCAGUUCCAGGACAGCCAUUCAAAAAACGCAAUCGAUAUCCGGCGGUUCGGCCACAAGUUCCGCAAGCUCAUGAUCGUCGCCGAGCACAAUCGCGCCGAACAACCCUACCUCCUCAGCAUGGCCAACGCCAUCAGCGUCUUCCGCAGCCUGAAGCCCCUCCGCCCGCGCAUCCACACCCUCACCAUCGAAAUCACGCCCAUGCGUGACAAAGACACGGGCGAAAUCGCCUUUCUCGACUUUUUUGAAAGAUCCUCAGAGGUCAUCCGCACGCUCAAGGGCUUGCCGUGCCAGUUCAUCGAAAUCAUCGUCAACACGGGCGGCGGCAACAAGGAGAAAAUCCGCCUCAACAUGAAGUACGCGGCCAACAUCCGGCGCGCCAAACGCGGCGAGGUGGACAUGUGGAGCGACGACCGGGUCAUGCAGUCGUACCGCAGCGCGCAGGCGGGCGAGGCACAGAAGAAGCUCGAGUCGUUGCCGGCCAUGAUUCGCAAGAUUUGGGAGGGCCCGAACGGGCAGUACUUGCGCCAGCGGGACGAGUUUGAUGAUGCAGAGGAGGAUUCGGAUGAGUACUAUUGA